AUGGGUAGAGGCAGCUCGCUUGUAUUGGUUCUCUUGGUGAUCCUACUCCUCAACAACGACCACGCCUCAGCUGUAGAAACCUUAGCUUGGAAUGAUGCUGGCAGCACCACCACCACCACCAUGCCUCCGUGGGUGCAACCCAGGGACCGGCAGCUGUUGGACUUGACGGUCGGCGAUAUGCAGGUGGACAUGGUGGUUGCCAAGGACGCGAGCGGUCACUUCAGCACUGUCAGCGAGGCCCUGGAUGCAGCUCGGCCGGUGAGAGGGAAGAGGUACGUGAUAUACAUAAAGAGGGGAAUAUAUCGUGAGGAGGUGGUGAUAAGGAAGAACAACAUAGCGUUGAUUGGGGAUGGAAUCAAUGAGAUGGUAAUCUCCGUCAACAAGAGUAGAAGUGGUGGCGGGUGGGCCUCGUAUGACACGGCCGUCGUUUAUGCCAAAGGCACAAUGCUCAUGGCGCGUGACCUCACCAUUGAGAAUACGGCGGGCAGGGAGGCGGGUGCAGCAGUGGCUCUCAGGUCAGACUCCAAACAUUCGGUGUUCUAUCGCUGCGAGUUCAAGGGAUAUGAGGACACGCUCCUCGCCGACUCCAAUCGCCAGUUCUACCGGGAAUGCAUUAUCUCCGGAACCGUGGACUUCAUUUACGGCAAUGCUAAGGCCGUGUUCCAGGAGAGCCUUCUCCUUGCACGUGCCCCGCUGAAAGGAAAACACAAUGUUAUUACAGCCCAAGGCCGCGACGGUCCUGACGGUUCCUCAGGCUUCUCGUUCCAGAAUUGCAGGGUGACAUCAGAUGAAGAUCUCAACGGUGCCGAGACGUACUUAGGUAGGCCGUGGAGGAACCAUUCCCAUGUGGUCUUCAUGCAGUCUUUCCUCGACGGCAUCGUGCAUCCCAGCGGAUGGGUUCCAUGGGACAAAGCAGACGGCAACGUCCCGCCUACAGUUUAUUACGGCGAGUUCGCGAACACAGGCCCUGGGGCAAACUUGAGCAAGCGUGUGCCCUGGCUCCACGUUAUGGACGCUGGUCAAGCUGAGCAUUACACGGGGAAGCGAUUCAUCCGUGGGGACGAGUGGCUCAACGCCACCGGAGUCGCGUACCAGCCUGGGCUGUAG